CGUGCGUGCGUGUGCGUGUGCGUGUGCGUGUGUGUACGGGUCUGGGUCUGGCACAUAUGGGCACUGAUCUCUGCUUCCUCUUUCUUUAGAUACUCUUUAGAUAUGCUCAUAACCGCAUUCUGACAUGUUGUCUUAGUCAUUCCAAGACUGCUAGUGUCUUUUCUGGUUUUGCCCAUGGUUUAUACAUUCCAGCAAUGGAAACUCCUGAAGUGGUUGCAAGCAGCUGCAGUUCUCAUGAGGAUGAAAGCCGUUAUAGCUACAAGCAGCGUCCUUCAGUGUGUCAGGAGCUGCUUCUUGAAGAUCAGCUGAGAAGGAAACUUAAAUUUUUCUUUAUGAACCCUUGUGAAAAGUUCUGGGCUCGAGGGAGGAAGCCUUGGAAACUUGGGAUACAACUUCUGAAAAUUGUCAUGGUGACUAUCCAGCUGGUGUUUUUUGGGUUAAGCAAUCAAAUGGUGGUCACAUUUAAAGAAGAAAAUACAAUUGCCUUUAAACAUCUUUUUCUGAAAGGCUAUAUGGAUCGAAUGGAUGAUACCUAUGCAGUGUAUACGCAAACAGAUGUCUAUGACCAGAUCAACUUUGCAAUAAAGCAGUAUUUACAGCUGCACACCAUAUCUGUUGGAAAUCAUGCUUAUGAAAAAAGAGAAGCUGAAGAGACACCUAUGGCAAUAUGCCAAUACUUCUACAAACGAGGAAUCAUCUGUCCUGGGAAUGACACAUUUGAUAUUGACCCAGAAAUCGAAACUGAAUGCAUUUAUGUGGAACCGGUGCUGCCUUUGGAAAAUAGAACAGUGGGGAGGAAUCUUUUCAACUUUACUCUAGAUUUCCACAGACUUGUGACUUUGGAGCUCACGUUCAAAUUGAAGGCCAUCAAUCUUCAGACAGUUCGUCACCAUGAACUCCCAGACUGCUAUGAUUUUACUUUGAUGAUAGUCUUUGAUAACAAAGCACAUAGUGGAAGAAUUAAAAUAAGUCUAGACAAUGAUAUUUCCAUCGAGGAAUGCAAAGACUGGCAUGUUUCUGGAUCACUACAGAAGAAUACCCACUACAUGAUGAUCUUUGAUGGCUUUGUCAUAUUGACAUGUCUAGCAUCACUGAUUCUCUGCACACGAUCUAUAAUUAAAGGAAUUCGCUUACAGAGGGAAUUUGUGUCAUUUUUCCAACAUCAUCACAAAAAAGAAAUAUCUUUUGCUGAGCAGAUGGAGUUUGUCAAUGGAUGGUAUAUCAUGAUCAUAAUCAGUGAUGUUCUUACCAUAAUUGGUUCUACACUAAAGAUGGAAAUACAGGCAAAGAGUCUGUCAAGCUACGAUGUCUGCAGCAUCCUUCUAGGAACCUCCACCAUGCUUGUGUGGCUUGGAGUGAUUCGCUACCUUGGCUUCUUUCAGAAGUACAACCUGCUUAUUUUGACACUACGUGCAGCAUUGCCCAAUGUCAUCCGGUUUUGCUGUUGUGCUGCUAUGAUUUAUCUGGGCUAUUGUUUCUGUGGAUGGAUUGUGCUGGGCCCAUAUCAUGACAAGUUCCGGUCCCUGAACAUGGUUUCUGAAUGUCUCUUCUCUCUAAUAAAUGGAGAUGAUAUGUUUGCCACUUUUGCAAAAAUGCAGCAGAAAAGUUAUUUGGUUUGGUUAUUCAGUCGGAUCUACCUCUAUUCUUUCAUUAGCCUGUUUAUCUACAUGGUUCUGAGUCUCUUCAUUGCCCUUAUUACAGAUACAUAUGAAACAGUUAAGCAUUACCAGCAAGAAGGCUUUCCAGAGACAGAACUUCAUAUGUUCAUUGCACAGUGCAAAGAUUUGCCGAACUCUGGAAAGUACAGAUUAGAAGACGAAGGACCGAUAACCAUCUUCUGCUGUUGCAAAAGCAUCGUAACAAAGAGAAGUGUUUGUUGCCAAGGGCUGGAUUCAGAUAGAUGACACACAUGUCCAAGCAAAGGAGAUGCAGGAAAAGGGAAUUUUUUUCAUACUUAAGAUCAUACGGCUUUCCCAAUGUUAUCUGACUAGCCAGCAUUCCUCACCACUAGCUAUGAUGGUUAGGGCUGACUGGAGCUUUGGUCCAGUAACAUGGAGGGGAGGGGGAGAGACACAUUAUUCCUGUUUUUUCUGGAGAAACAUGGAUUUGGUCUUGACGUAUUUUUUACAUAGACGCUGCAAUUUAUUUUAAAGCAGCUUUUUAAAAAGUCUUUUUGCCACUCUUCCAGCUACAGUGGACAGAGAUUUCAUACUUAAAAUGCAGUGGAAGAGAGAAACUCUUAUUUUUCACAUUCCUUACAACACUAAAUAAAAUGGGAAUACACUAAUAAAAGGAAGGGCGAACACACCUUUCCAAAUCAAGUUCUGUAUGCAGAAUGGUAUAUUUUUUCAAUACUUUGUUUAGGAAGUGCAGACUGAUUGCAUUAAGAUAGGAAUGGGCUGUACCAUUCCUAAAUAUAAUUCUUAACUUCUUUGCAACUUGUGAUAUAGAUCUUAGACUUGCUCAACAGUGGUCCAAAACUCUGAUGUGGAACUUUACUUUUACAGAUGCCUAUUUUGCUUUUCUGAAUUUAAUAUGAAAGCAAAUGUGAAAAAGAAUGGAAGUCUGUUUUUUAGUGCUCUCAAAUUUUCAGAUGUAAAAAAUUCAUGGCAGAGUACUUGAAUGAGCAGCAAGACAUUUUUAUGUACUGUGUACAAACUUUGGAAAGUUAUAUGUAUAUGCUGUCUGUUCACAUUUUGUA